AAUGCCAAUAUAUAGUUGUAUAUAGAUAAUUCAAAAAAAAAAAAUGUUUACAAAAUAAAAAAAAAUUCUGAGAACAUGAAUGUUAAGAACUAUUGAAUUUUGUAAGUCAAAUGUUGUUAUUAUUUAAAAAUCACAAUUACUACAAGUUUAUUGAUUUCAUGAGCUUUUUUUUCAGGAUAAUUUAUGAUUAUAAAAUGCCAAUAUCAAUUGAUAUUACUUGGUAGCCAAACUACAGUCAUACAGUAUUGGAAAAUGAACAUUUUGGCUAAGUUGAAGCAAAAUAAAUCAAAUGGUUAUCGUCACUUUGUAAAGUGCUAAGAUCCACUUGUUUAAAAAUCCAUGCAGCAGAAUAAUAAAUUAAUUUGUUGAAAUGGCAAUGCAUCUUGUAAGCUGACUAAAACUAGGUAAUAUAUUUUCUUUAAUCAAUUAUUGUUAUAAUCCUAAUUAAUAAUCAUUAGUCUUGUCUUUUGAGUCAAUUUAAAUUAUACCACAGCCACCAAAUCAAUAAAUUCAUUCUCAAUAUAUCUUUACAUGGUGCUGCUGAUUUUCCUGAUGUUAUACAACACCGCCAUCGAGAUAAAUAACAUUUUUAUUUGAUUAUUAAUAAUUGUUUUUAAUUUGCAAACUAAUCUCAUUUUUUAUUUUUUUUUUACAUCAACAUUUACAUACUUAUAUAAAUUUUCAAAAACCGCCAGUCUAUUAUAUAUCAGAGUAGUGAUUCCCAGGUAAUUUAAAAAAAAUAAAACGGCCUUGUAUGCUCAGUCAUAAUGUACCAUAAAUGCUAAAGAUCUCUUAUACUGUGUACGCAAAAAAAUAUGAUUUUUUUAAAGUCUAAACUUUGUUCUCUAGGCUUUCUAAUAAUCGAAAAAAAAACUCUAUCGAAAAACAUCGAAAUUAUUGUUAUAAAUUUUGAAUUAAUCAGCAAUUCAAAAUGGCAACAUAAAAUUUGAUGAACAAUAAUUUAAAUUUUCAUUAAAAACAUUUUUAAUUAUUUUUAAAAAAUUAUGGAAAGUGAUAUAGUUUGUGUGGAUGAUGCUAUUGUGUUUGCAAAAAUAUGUGAGUACAUGUAUAUAUUACUCAUACAACACGUUGUUGCCAAGUCAUGUUAACCAGUGUUGACCAGUAUCAACGACUUGUACAAAUUAUCAAUGUAUAAAAUGUUUUCAUAUUGCUAUAAUUUAAAUAUUAAAAAUAAAAAAAAAAAAAGAAGAACAAUAUUCAUUGUUUUAUAUAAUUAAAAUACCUAUACUAAUAUUUCUUUUUUUUUAAUAUGCAUUAUUUUGUUGAUUAAAAUGCAGGAAAAUAUAUCAACUUAAAGCAGUGGCCUCUCACCUUCACCUCAAGAUCAUCUGAUAUUCGCCACAAGUAUUUUUUUUCUUGUCUUUUCUUGAAAUACUGGUUUUACAUCAUCGAAACAAACUAUCUCGCUUUGCUAUAAAAAAAAGAAAGAGAAUGCCUUCAAAGAGAUCGAGGAGCAUGAAAAAAUUACUACAUUAAAUUCAAUUCAGACGUUUUAGUUUUUCUGUGUUGUAUUGUCGUAUUUUGAUAACAUUGUUUUGUGAAUUAGAUACGGCAUUAUAUUUCAAGAAAAAGAAAACGGAUAUUUUUUAUUAAACAGUGUUGAUAUUUGAGGAUUAUUGUGAUUAUUUUUUAAAUAUUAUAUUUUUUUUUUAAAUUAAUUUAAAAAUUUUUAAUUGUAUACCAAAUGUUUGUGAAUUCAUGUUACUACUUUUUAUGAAGAACAAAUCAGUUGUCACAAUUCAAACAAUGAAAUUACGUCAUAUUAUCUGAUGAAUAAAAUUGUUUUUUAUUACACAAUAGAUGACAUGCAUAUUGAAUUAGAGUUGAUUACGACAACGUUAUAUUUACGAUUAACGUGAUCUUAGCUCAACAGUUUUUUUUUUUCAUAAUUUACAAUAAUAAAAAAAAAAAAACUUUAAUAGAAUAAAAAAAAAUUAUGAUAUAAAAUUUUUUUGUGCGUCACAAGAAUAAUAAAAUUUAAUCAUCAUUAUCAUCAUUAUAAUCAUCGAAACGAUAAGAUUAUUGUUAUGGUCAGAGAAGUGACAGUUGUUUUGAAAUAUUUGUAUUUGAUGAAAAAAAAAAAAUACUCAUAAAUAUUUUCAUGAAAAUAUAAAAUGCACAAAAGCAGUUUUGAUAAAUAAUUAUCAAUUAGACAUUGCAUUAAAAUAUAUUUAAAAAAAUAAAUUAACAAUAAAAUAUAAUUUUAAUUUGUUGAUUUGGUUGUAACAAAAAAAAGAAAAAAAAAAAAAUGUAUCAAAGAAUAGUUUUUGUUGAUGUUCCAAAAACCGUGACAUUUGAUAUUGAUUUUAGAAAUGUUAAAUAUGAAGUUAAUAAUGGUUUUCGUCAAAAAAAAAAAUCAAUAUUAAAUGGUGUUAGUGGUUGUUUUAAAUCUGGACAAUUAACAGCAAUAAUGGGACCAUCUGGUGCUGGUAAAUCAUCAUUAUUAAAUCUUUUAACUGGUUUUAAAGAUGCAAAUUUUAAAGGUUCAAUACAAUAUAUUAAUGACAGUGUUGAACAAAGUGAUAAAAAAAAAUAUGAUAAUUAUAUGAAAACAUCAUGUUAUAUACAACAAGAUGAUCAAUUAUUUCGUUUAUUUACUGUUAUUGAAACAAUGGAAAUUGCAGCAAAUUUAAAAUUAGGUAAUAGUUUAAAUAAAAAAUCAAAAAAUAUAUUGAUAAAUGAUAUAUUAGAAAAUUUAGAUUUAGUUAAAACAAAAGAAACAAGAUGUGAUCGUUUAAGUGGUGGACAAAAAAAAAGAUUAAGUAUUGCAUUAGAAUUAAUUGAUAAUCCACCAGUUAUGUUUUUGGAUGAACCAACAACUGGUUUAGAUUCAUCAUCAACAUUACAAUGUAUUGCAAUGUUACAAAAUCUUGCACAUGAUGGAAGAACAAUUAUUGCAACAAUUCAUCAACCAUCAGCAGCAAUAUAUGGAAUGUUUGAUCAUAUAUAUUUACUUGCUGAUGGUUAUUGUAUGUAUCAAGGUGCACCAGAAAAUACAAUUCCAUUUUUUAAAAAUAUUGGUUUACAUUGUCCAAAAUAUCAUAAUCCAGCUGAUUUUAUGAUUGAAGUUGUUAGUAAAGAAUAUGGUAAUUAUAAUAAACAAUUAUUAAUUGCUGCUGAAAAUGGUACAUCAUUAUGGCGUACAGCACAAUUUGUUAAAAAAUCAAUAUUUGUUGAUACAGUUAAUAAAACACGUUAUAUUGAUGAUAAAAAAGCAAUUGUAUUGGUAACACCACCAUCUGAAUUAUUACGAUUUUUUGUAUUAUUUAAACGUUGUCUUAUUCAACUUUAUCGUGAUUGGACAGUAACACAUUUAAAAUUAAUAUUACAUUUUUUGGUUGGUAUAUUAUUAGGUUUAUUUUUUGUUGAUGCUGGUACUGAUGGAUCAAAAACAAUUAAUAAUGUUGGUUUUUUAUUAAUAACAAUUGUAUAUUUAUGUUAUACAAGUAUGAUGCCAGCUGUAUUAAGAUUUCCAUCUGAAUUACCAGUAUUAAAAAAAGAAAAAUUUAAUAAUUGGUAUAAAUUAAAAACUUAUUAUGCUGCAUUUUUAUUUUCAAAUAUACCAAUACAAAUAUUAUUUGCACUUGUUUAUACAUCUGUAUCAUAUUUUUUAAGUAGUCAACCAUUAGAUCCAAAUCGUUUUUUUAUGUUUUUAAUAACAGCAAUAUUAACAGCUUUAUUAUCUGAAAGUAUUGGUCUUGUUUUAGGAACAACUGUUAAUCCAAUAAAUGGUACAUUUCUUGGUGCUAUUUAUACAUGUGGUAUGUUAUUAUUUGCUGGUUUUUUAGUAUUUUUUAAACAUAUGCCAGUAUCAUUGUAUUAUGUAAGUUAUUUAAGUUACAUGAGAUAUGCAUUGGAAGCAUUAGUACAAUCAAUUUAUGGACUUAAUAGAGAAAAUUUAACUUGUCCAAAACAUAUUGAUUAUUGUCAUUAUAGAAUGCCAUCAAAUAUUAUGAAAGAACUUUCAAUGCCUGAUGGAAGAUUUUGGAUAAAUAUAUCAAUUCUUUCUGCUACAUUUGUAAUACUACGUUUUGUUGGAUAUUGUACCCUUAGAAAAAAAUUAUCAUGUUCUUAAAUAUACACUAACAUUAUAUUACAUAUAUUAUAAGAAAAUAUUCACUAUACAAGUAGAGUAACACAGUCACUUUUUUUGUUUUAAUAUUUGUCAUCUUUUUCAUUGGUUUUUUUUUUUUUUUUUUUUGGGUCAUUAUGUUGUUUGAAAAUUUAUUUAAACAUUUAAAUUAACAACUUAUUAUUCAUUUUAUUCAACGUGUUUAAAAAAUAAACAGUAAAAUUAAUCUAAAAUAGAAUUAAAUUUUAUUUUAAUGAGAAUUUAGAUGUAUAAAAAAAGAUUGCUCAAAGAAGUCUCUUAAAUUUAAUAAUAAAAUAAUCAUAAUAGAAAUUUUCAUGUUUAUUUUUAACAUCACAAUUAAUUUAAUUUAAUUUUUUUUUUUUGAUUAAAUGGGCAUGGAAAAUAAUGUAUUUAUAUGGUAACAGGCAAUGAUAGUUAUUAAAUAAAUUAUUUAUGGGUACGCAUAAAAAUAAAAAAAUGUAAUGGCUAAUGUUUAAUAAUUUUUUUAAAGUUAAAAUUUUCAUGAUACAUUUGUCACUUUUAAAUGUAAAAAUUUUAAUAAACAUUUAUAAAAAACUGUCUUAUAAAUUUGAAAUAUACUUAUUUAAUAUAAAAAUUGUUUUUCCUAUUUAAUGAUUUAUUAAUUAUUAAUUAUUAUAUACUUGUACAACAAAAAAAAAAAAAAACUACAAGUCAAGGAUACGUAAAAUGGCGAAAAGUUUAUCUGAUGAUCAAGUGUCUAUAAAAAAUAUAUAAAUAUUUUUUAUAUAUUUAUCAAGGUCUUUAUAUUCAAUUUAUAUAUUUAUCAAGGUCUGUACAUGAACUUGAUCUUUUUCAGGAAUAAUCGAAAGAAUGAACGAAGAUGUAUACGUACUGCAUUAUAAAAUUAUCUGAGUGUAAAAAUAAAAACCUUGAAUCUAUUUUUAUUAAAUAUAUAAAAGAUGAGAUCGAUUUCAGAGGAUUUAAAAAUUAAAUUUACCCUCAUUGAAGAAUUAAUUUAUCCAGGUAAUUAGCUAUUGCUUUUAUUGAUAGAAAAACGUAUUUUACCUGUACAAAAUUUAAAUUAUAUGAUUUAAAUUUUGUACAGGAAUAAAAAGAUAAAAUACCGGUAGUCAAGAAUCGACGGGACUUUAGCCUUCAGCAAAAUUCGGCUCAAAUGUCUACUACAACUUGACUGUUUAUUGCAGUUUGUUGCUUCAAGUAAAAAAUUAUAAAAACGCCUUAUCUCGCACUUAUUAUUUACGUACUAUCAAUUAUUUUAAUUAAAAAUUACAAUUAAAUAUUUAUUUUUAUUUUUCUUUAUUUAUUUGGAUUUUGUAAUG